AUGGCGACGCUGGCGGAGUCGUUUCUAGCGGAUCUGGAGGAUCUGAGCGAUGUUGAGGAUGAGGAGCCUCAGCAGCAGCAGCAGGAGGAGGAGGAUGAGGACCAGGAGAUGCUGGGCGACGACAUCGACAACCUCAACUACGACGACCUGGAGGCGGUGGCGCAGCUGACGCACAGCGAGCGGUACAGGAGCAUCAUGGAGGCGGUGCGGCAGUCGGAGGCCGACGACGCGGCCAGGGGCGGCCCCGUCGUGUGGGCUGGCCCCUCCGAGGAGGACCCCACCUACAAGCUGCUGGUGGACUGCAACCAGCUGGCUGUGGACAUUGACAACGAGAUUGUGGUGGUGUACAACUUCCUGCGCGACCGCUACAAGACCAAGUUCCCGGAGCUGGAGAGCCUGGUGCACAACCCGCUGGACUAUGCACGUGUGGUGCAGGCCAUAGGCAACGAGAUGGAUGUGACGCUGGUGGACCUGGACCGCCUGCUGCCGCCCGCCACCGUCAUGGUGGUCACCGUCACGGCCACCACCACCAGCGGCAAGCCGCUGAGCCAGGAGGACCUCAAGUGCGAGCGCUUUGGCAUGACCGACCUGCGCAAGCAGGCCAACCGCAUGAUGUUCAACCAGGCGGAGGAGGAGUUUGUGGAUGGGGAGGACACGAUCGGGCUGGGCGUGAUCGGCAAGGAGGGCAGCGGGCGGCUGCGCGCGGUGGCGCUGCAGCAGCGGCAGAAGCUGAGCGCCAAGGCGCAGAAGAAGUUUGCGCUGAAGAACUACGGCAGCAGCGGCGCCACCAGCGGCCUCUCCUCCAGCCUGGCCUUCACGCCCAUCCAGGGCAUCGAGCUGGUCAACCCCAACCAGGCGGCGCAGAGCGACCGCAUGCGGGACGGUACCGAGUCGUACUUCAGCGAGUACAGCGGCUUCCGCAGCAGCAAGGCGGCGCCGGGCAAGGGGUAG